CCGAGUCAAGCAGAGACUACAUCAGUGCGUGGGAGAGAGCAGGAGACUCACUUCACAAACGGGUACCCUCGUUCUGCUCACCCUCGGUUCCCACCGCCCUCUCUCUCUCUCUUCGCCGCUGUCAACGAGGCCCGCCUUAGAAAUCCAAAAUGGAGGCCAUCAAGAAGAAGAUGCAGAUGCUGAAGCUGGACAAGGAGAAUGCCCUGGACAGAGCAGAGCAGGCCGAGGCGGACAAAAAAGCAGCAGAGGAGAGGAGCAAACAGCUGGAGGAUGAGUUGGCCGCCAUGCAGAAGAGGCUGAAGGGGACAGAGGAUGAACUGGACAAGUACUCAGAGGCUCUCAAAGACGCGCAGGAGAAGCUGGAACUGGCUGAGAAGAAAGCGGCUGACCCUCAACUGUCUGUGUGGAGUUUGCACCGGAAGAUCAAAGUGUUGCAGCAGCAGGCGGACGAGGCCGAGGAGCGAGGCGAGCGCCUGCAGCGGGAGCUCGACAUGGAGCACAAGGCCCGGGAGAACGAGAGAGGAAUGAAGGUGAUUGAGAAUAGGGCCCUGAAGGAUGAGGAGAAGAUGGAGCUGCAAGAGAUCCAGCUGAAAGAAGCCAAGCACAUUGCAGAGGAGGCAGACCGCAAGUAUGAAGAGGUUGCCCGUAAGCUGGUGAUCAUUGAGAGCGACCUUGAGCGCACAGAGGAACGCGCUGAGGUGACUGAGUGUACUAUGCGGAAACUGGAGGAGGAGCUUAGAGUCCGAGAUCAGAGCUUAAAAUCCUUAACUGCGUUACAGGAAAAGGUACUGAACUCGUCUGCUUUUAUCUUCAUUCACGUUUUGUUUGAAAUGAGUUGUGUCUCCUCCGUUUGCUCUCAACCCUUCUCAGGGUGAGAUAGAGAAUGAAAU